AUGACGACCUCACUAUGGUCGACAGGAAGUGUUCGUCUUCGUGUUUCUAUCUGUAUAGCCUUAGCUCUAACCAUCGAAGGUCUUAUGAGAAGCAAUCUUAAUAUGGCUAUGGUUUGCAUGCUGAGUGAAGAUGCUCUCGCUGAAGGUUCUUCUUCUCGAAACCUGACUGUCGAUGAUUCUUGUCCACAACUUCGAAUGGGUGUUCAUGAUUCGAAAAUCGUUUAUAAUGGAACUAUAGAAUGGUCGUCGCAGGAGAGGGCCGUAAUUUUUGCUUCUUUCUAUGCUGGAGGUCUCUUUGCUUGUCUUGUAGCUGAGAAAUUGAACCGAAUCUUUGGACCAAAACGACUUGUCCUUUAUGGUGCUGUUGUGAAUGUUCUUGGUACAUUCAUUACUCCGACUGUUUCAACGCAAUUCGGUACUAUUCCUGUCAUUGUAGUUCGAUUGAUAAUGGGAUUUGGACAAGGUUUAUUAUAUCCGUGUAUGAGUGUUUUAGUCGGAGUAUGGUUUCCGCCAACAGAAAAGAGUACAGCGUUAGCUAUAGCUACAACCGGAAAUCAGUUAUCCGUUAUCAUAGCCAUGUUUGCCACUGCGGAGUUGUGUCAAUUGCCGUUUGGAGGUGGUUGGCCAAUGGCUUUCCAUGUUUACGGCUUCAUGGGCGUCUUACUAUGCAUUUUAUGGGAAAUCUACGUCGAAGAUAUACCAUCAAAGGCAAGAGGAAUAACAGAUGAAGAAGUCCAAGUAAUAACAAAUACGGGAAAUAGAAAACAACGAGUACAAAGAGCUGAUUGGAAGUGUUUGUUAUCAUCUCCAGUUGUCUGGUCAAUAGCAGCUAGCUCAUUUGCUCAUAACUUCAUAACAGUUGGAACAGUUACAUAUCUACCCCUAUACUACAAGACUGUUCUGAAUAUGAGCUUAACAAGUAAUGGUGUUCUAUCGGCCCUCCCGUUCAUUUUUCAAUUUUUUUCAAAAAUUCUUUAUGCCGGUUUCGCGGAUGAGUCAAAGAAGCGUGACUGGCUUUCGUACACUAACAUCACUAAAAUAUGUAAUUCAAGUGCAUCAUUUGGUAUUGGAUUUUGCUUUUUGUUUUUGUCAUUUUGCCAUUGUGAACAACGUUUGAUGGCUGUUAUACUAAUAUGUAUUUCCAUGUCAUUCGUUAGUGGUUAUAUUCCUGGAUAUAGUACAAGUGUUAUUACUAUAGCUCCAUCACAAACAGCCGCAAUUGCAGCAUUUAGUCGGAUAUGGGCUCAGAUAGCCGCUUCAUGGGCACCAUAUCAAAUUGGAGCUGUCACCAAGCAUGGAACAUUAGAAGAAUGGAGAAUUGUUUUUCUUACAAUUUUUGUAAUUUGCAUAAUUAGUGGAGCAUUCUUCCAACUGUGUGGCUCUGCCGAUGUUCAAGUAUGGGAUCAAGUUCCUCCAUCGUCUCCAAAAGAGGAAUUAUUGGUUUCAAAUCUUGUAUCAACGAAUGGAGAUACGUGUGCUACACAAACAACCAGUACCGCUACAACACCCUGUGAAGCUUAA